AUUUGGUAUUCAGUGUCAGUGUUCCGCCAACCAUCGUCGAGUUGGUUGAGAAUUGAUUGUGUCGUGUAAUGUGCGUUUUGCGUGAACACGGCGUAGCGAAUAAAACAAUUUGUCAAUGUCCUCUAAUGUGGAAGACGAUACGCUCCAAUCUGUUUUAUACAAAAAAGUGAAAGAGAACGAGAAGAUAAAAAAAGUUAGAGGUUCGUCUCGAGAACUCAGGCACAAUGAGCAAUGCGAAAUAUUUCCAUGAAUAAUCGAAGUGAACAAUAAUUCGGUGGAAGAUUUUGUUUGGCUCCUCUGAACAAUAAAACUGGCAUGAAUCUCGCGACGAAAAAAAACAUAAAUGUGAUAUAAAAUGUCUGUGAGACAAACAACGGUCGUGUAUUUAACCAAAAAAAAUCUACUGACAAACAGGUGAAGAUGGAAGAUGAAGCUGACAUUAGGGAACAAUUAUUUCACAAUACCGUCAGGGAGAAUAUCAUAUUUCUCCUGCUAUUUCUGCUCCUGUACAUCUCGAGUUACGCGUUGAUAGCAAGAUUCCGACGAAGGGAUCGCGAAGAUUAUUUUUCGGUCGAUGACGAUGAGGCAACAGUUUACAGAAUCAGCCUUUGGCUCUGCACAGUUGCCCUUGCUGUCUCGGUUGGAGCAACGCUACUAUUGCCCGUAUCAAUUGCCAGUAAUGAGAUCCUCCUCCUCUAUCCAAACAGUUACUACGUCAAGUGGCUCAACAGUUCUCUCAUACAAGGACUGUGGAAUCAUGUUUUUCUCUUCUCGAAUUUAUCGCUCUUCGUAUUUCUACCGUUUGCCUACCUCUUCACGGAGUCGGAAGGUUUCGUCGGCCAUCGCAAGGGCGUGAUGGCAAGAGUUUACGAGACCGUGACCGUGCUGUGCCUACUGGGGACCCUCGUACUCGGAAUGACCUACGUUUUAUCGGCCCUCAUAGACUAUCAAAAUUCGAGCCUCCACACGUUGCUCAAUUUAUGGAGUUACUACCUGCCCUUUUUAUAUUCCUGUGUCUCUUUCGUGGGAGUCGUAUUACUGUUACUAUGCACUCCCGUGGGUUUCGUGAGGUUAUUUGGCGUCGUUGGAUCUUUUCUUGUCAAGCCUCAGUUCCUCAAAAAUUUGGACGAGGAAUUUUUUGCAUUCAGAAUGGAAGAAGACUGUAUAAGCAGAAGACUCCAGCACGCGAAGGCUACGGGAAAAUCAUACGUUUCACCGGUGCCAAUGUCCCCGCCGGGGUGUAACACAAGCCUCGACGACGAGGAGGAAUUAUUAUGCCCGAAUCCCGGUCUCAUGUGCCUAAGAAAUGGAGCUCUACAACGUGGCCUUAGCCAAAGAUUAGAAGAGGUACAGAUGCGAAGAAAAGUACUCGAUGAACAGAGAAGAACUUGGUGGGUUAGACGCACACUGUUGUACCCCCUUGCUAUGCUUGCACUUUUCGUCUUGUCAACGGUCACCGCUCUCGUCGCUGUGCAAAAUACACUAGAACUUUUAAUCGGCAUCAAGGCUCUGCCUUUGAGUACGAGGCAAUUUACGCUUGGUAUAAGUUCGCUGUCGAAAAUUGGACCUAUUGGUGCAGCUGUAGAAGUCGUUGUGAUUCUUUAUCUUGCUGCUACGAGUGCCAUUGGGCUUUACGCUCUUCCAGGUGUGAGAAGAGUCAGACCGCGUUUCCAUUCCACUCCUUUAACACAUCUCAUCGCAAAUUGUGCGCUACUACUCGUUUUGAGUUCGGCGUUGCCGUUGCUCUCACGAAUACUGGGAAUGACAAACUUCGAUUUACUGGGAGACUUCGGAAGAAUCGAGUGGCUCGGAAACUUCAAGCUCGUACUGUUCUACAAUCUAAUAUUUGCAACAGCAGCGAUAACGUGCCUAGCGACCAAAUUCACAGCUACCGUGAGGAAAGAAAUUUAUACCAGAUUGCGUAGUAGCCUGGUAGGAAUUUUUCGGUUAGAAGGUAAAAAAGCGGCAAUGUUCACCGCUAAAGAAGAAUAGACUGAUUUUUAUUUUAUUUUUAAUAUUUUUUUUUAAAUAUAUAUAUGUAUGCAUAUAUGUAUAUAUAUAUAUAUACGUACACAAGGAGCAAAAAAGACGUUGACCAUAAUAUGUAGGUAAUUGAAAGCUCGAUGAAAAAAAAAAAAACGUUGAAUUUGUAAUUGUGCGAUAAAACUAUGGGGGAGCGUUGAGUAAUUCCCAAAGAAUUUGCGAGAAUUUAUUUCAACAUGAAUAGGCAAGAAAAAUUCCGCAAUUUUGAAGAUUAAAUUGUGUAUAAAUGGACGAGAUCGAUAGAAGAACAUUUGACAUAAUCAUAAGUGGUACGCGAUUUCUUUGUCUUUUUUUUUUAAUUUUUCUUUUGUUUUUUUAUACGAAUAGUGGAAAUACUCGAAUGCUGCCGCAAAACACUGAAUAUUCAUUAAAUCAUUGAUAUUUCAUUAGUUAUUUAUAUAUUCAUAUUAUGGAAAUAAAUAAAAAAUAGUAGAAUAACGAAUUACAUAGAAUACAUAGAUGAAUACACCAUUUGUCCCGCGCAUAAAUGUAAGUUUAGUAAUUGCGACGGUGACGACCCAGUAUUGUGAUAAAAAGGCGAGUAUGAGUCUAACAAUUGUAGAAAAAAAAACAAAAAAAUUCGAUAAAAAGCUGAGUGUCUGGUCAAAUGAAUGUAAGAAUUUACAACCGUGUCCAAAAACGAAAUUUUAGCUUUUAUUACAUUUAAUUUUAUUAGCAAAACGAGUCAAUUAUUUCAUUUCUGAUAAAUAUCUGCAUUAUUUUUAUAAUUGCUAAAUUUGGCACCCGUUAAACAUGUAAAUGCUAAGGUUCACGAUGAUAAAAAUAAUUGCAGUUUUUCUUAAGAAUCAAGGAUAAUUUAGCAUUAUUGAUUGUUUAUAUCAAGUAUUAGCAUUGAUUUUUCCACUUCAUAAUUAUUCCGAUGUAAAAGCAUCUGAAAUUUUUAUCGUCAAUUUCAUAUAAUUUUGCUUCAAUAUCGAGGUUCAGUACAGAAGAUGAAUGGAAUAUAUUUUUAUGUAGAGAUAAUUUUAUAAUGUACGAAAAGAAUCCAAGGAAACGAAUAUUUUCCGGAAAUUCAAAAUCUAUUCGGAUCAUAAGAUUUUUGAUACUUCAGAAAUAUGUUUUCAACGUUUAAUUGUGAUAUAAAAAUGAAAUUGAGGUAUCGAAAUUCCAAUGCUGGAACGUGAUGGAAAAUAGCGUGUUUUUUAUUGAUUCAGUCAUUUUUCCCAUCAUUCAAAGUUUUCCAGUAGUUUUUGGUUUCCGGAUUAUUCAAAAACAUCGUAUAGUUAUUGUGGCUUCAUACUGUAAAAUAAAUUGUAAACUGAAAAAAAGAAACAAUGUUUUGCUGCAACAUGAUAGAAACCUCAGUAUCACUAAAAUGGAUCCUUUGAAAUAUUGCAUAAAAUUUGUUGAUCUCUAUGUAAUCAUCUAUUUCUUCAUUUUCCAUAUUUGUUUCAUUAUCGAUGACUUGAGAAGAAUAACGUUAUUUGGCACCAAGAAAUUUGUGAAAAUGAUAUAUGUAUGUAUACAUUUACAUUUUAAUCUGUUCGAAGAAUUGCGAAUGCACAUGAUUACGUCUUUUGCGUUCGAGUUGCGUUCACUGCUACGUUUUAUAACGUGUAUUCUAAGUUAUUCAUUUGUACUUAUUCGUCACACUUUUCGUUUGUUUUUUACUUCGGACCUCGUGUUGUGAAUUCGGGUUGCCACUGUAGUGAUGGCUGCUACGAAAUCUCUGUUCACGGAACGUAAAGGGUUGAAUAUUUGACGAAGUAAGAUCGAGAAAGAGUACAUAAAUAUAACAAAAAUGAUUGACCCAACUCGAAAAAUAAAGUUUCGAAACCAAUGUUCAUAUUAAAAUGAGACUCGUCACGAAAGUAUGUAAUAAAUAUUUAACAAAAUAACGCAAAUGGAGAAAACUUUCAGUGUUCUUCGUGACUGUUAAAGGCAAUAAUCUUACUUGUAAGAAAUCGAUAGGGUUUAAAUGCUUUGUUUACGGAAUGGUAUUUACCCGUUAAGGCCUCGAUCACAAGACCCAAUAAAAAAAGGAAAACUAGAAUAAAAAUAAAUUGGACGCAUUUUUUUAUGCAUAUCACUUUGUAAUCAGUAAAUAUUUUUCUCAUUGAGAUAUGACAGUAAAAUAUAAUCAAUGGUUUAUAAAAAUUGGAGUGCAAUAUGAAUGUACAGUAAAUCGAUAAAAGAAAUACCAUUUCUGACGUUGCAUCAAUAUCCUACUGGAAUAAUUGUCUUUUCUUUUAAGUACUUUGCAAGACUUUUAAUGUGAUACGUAUCACCCCAGGACAAUAUUUAAAUAAGAGCACUGAUAUCAUACUAUUAAUACAUGUUUGCCAUCUUUGAAUGAGUGACACAGAAAAGAACGGUGGCCCUUAUACUGAUUGAUAUAUUAAGAUGUAUUGGCACUCUCUUGGGUCGUCCCCCCAAUGGAAAUUCCAUGGUCUGAUAUUUCAUCCUUUCACAGUGAGUUUGCUUAAUAUUGAGAUUUCUUACAUCCAUGAUACAACCGAAAUGACAAAUUGUCAUCCAAGUGUUCUCACGAAACAAUUUCACGUUUACGCACACUCGUUAGUAGUACCCUGCGUUCAAAAAUAAAUACCCUGUGAGUCAUAUCUUAGAACGAAGGAAAUUUAUCUAUAUUUAAAACCCUUUUCCUGCAUUACGUAAGAAAUACGAGAACGAAUCACUAAAGGAAAGUUCAUACGAAUCCAAUUGCUAUUCGAGUUUGAAAUCUCUUUAAUCAGUGAAAUUAUUGAUGGUAGAAAUUGAGAAUAUUUUGUAUGUUUCACCGAUACGUUGGAAGCUUUCUGUAUUAAGAUCUGAUUCACGAUCUGAAGCACGUUAAAUGAACGUAAAAAUUGCAACUGUAGUCCAAAUAAAAAUUGUUAAUUCUAA